GUGAAUAGAGGGACUAAGCUAGCAAAGAAGGAGUAACUUUAAGCCUUGAGAACAGCCCUCCAACUCUGCCAUGACUCUCACUGAGAUUAUCUUCAUCUUGACAGGGACUUGCGUCGUCCUGUUUUUUGGAGGGAAACUAGUAUUCCUUGUUAUGAUGCUCGCACCGAAGCUCUGCUAUCCUCUUCCUGACUCUUUUUUCACCUCUCUGGGGAAAUGGGCAGUGGUCACUGGAGGUUCAGAUGGAAUAGGCAGAGCUUAUGCACAAGAGCUAUCCAAACAUGGUAUGAAUGUGGUUAUAAUCAGCAGAAAUCAAGAGAAGCUUGACAGAGCAGCCAGGAAGAUUGAGCUUACUACAGGAGGGGAGGUCAAAACAAUAGCUGCUGACUUCAGCAAGGAUGAUAUAUAUGGACACAUUAAGGAAAACAUUGAGGGUUUGGAUAUUGGUAUUUUAGUCAACAAUGUUGGGAUUCUGCCCAAUCAAAUACCCUGCAAGCUGCUUGAAACAGCCGAUUUGGAAGAGAGAAUACAUGCUGUUAUCAACUGCAAUGUGAAAGCCAUGGUUAAGAUGUGCAGAAUUGUGCUACCAGGAAUGCAGGAAAAAGGAAGGGGAGUCAUUCUGAAUGUGUCCUCUGGGAUAGCCAAAAUACCCUGCCCCAUAUAUACCUUGUAUGCAGCAUCUAAGGUUUUUGGCGAAAGAUUUUCACAGGGUCUUCAAGCUGAAUAUAAAUCCAAGGGGAUAAUCAUUCAGACAGUAGCUCCAUUCGGAGUUUCGACAUCAAUGACAGGAUACCAGAAUCCAGACAUGGUCACAUUCACAGCUGAGGAGUUUGUGAGAAGCUCACUGAAGUAUCUGAAAGCUGGUGACCAAACAUGUGGUAGCGUCACUCAUACUAUACUGAGUUGGAUUGUGCAGGCCAUUCCCAUCUGGGUCCUACAGAGUGAAGCAUUUCAGCAUCACUUUAAGGAAUAUGUGAAGGAGAGGAUCAAAGGCUGACAGUUUUCAAUCUCUCGUGUAUAUAGCUGCUGAUUUUCAAGUAUUGAAUAUACCUGAAUUGUGUAUUAAUGAUCAUGUUGGUUAACACUAAUUAUGACAGCCAGGGAGAGAAAGAAAAAUGUAGACAGACCUCUGUUUGUUUGUGGUCCUUCAAAAUAUGCUGUAUCAGAUUUGAUAAUGGAAUGUUUGAUAACUGUCUCCCAAAUGUCAAAUGAUAGAGAUGAAGAGAGAUGUGUGACCUUGUUUUUUCUAUUUUUGGUCAAAAUGUUCAGAUUGUAAAAUGUUUGCUCUUAUUUAAAAACAUUUUAAUAUCAUGUUUUUUUUAUCAGCAAGCAACAUAUCUACAGAACACUUCCACAGAUAUUAAGCACCACACAGUGGUUAAAUUAACUUUCACAUGAGGCACUUUAAAUGGAAGAGUUCAGCCAAAAAUUAAAAUUCUCUCAUCAUUUACUCUCUCUCUCAUACCAUCCUAGAUGUUACUUUAUUUUUAUUCUGCAGAACACAAAUUAAUAUUUUUUUUACAAUAUCUCAGCUCUUUAGGUCCUUACAUACUGUACAAUUCAGCAAUGCAAGUGAAUGGCGACGAAAACUUUGAAGCUCCAAAAAGCACAUAAAGGCAGAAUUAAAUUAAUCCAAGACACCAGUAGUUUAAUCCAUGUCUACUAAAGCGAUCUAAUCUGUUUUGGGUAAAAUAGACUAAAAUAUACCUCUUUUUUCACUGUACAUCUUGCCUUUGUAGACUCUAGGCACGAUCAUGAUUUCAAGCUCGACUAUACAUCCUAGUGCUUGAUGCAUGCGCAGAACGCUAGAAAGUGUAAUCAAGCUUAAAAUCAUGAUCACCAAGGAUGCUGCUUAUGUCAAGAUUUAUAGUGAAAAAGGAGUUAUAUUUUGGUCUGUUCUCUUAAAUCAAUUGGAUUGCUUCAGAAGUCACAUGGGUAAUUUUAUGCUGAUUUGUGUGCUUUUUAUAGCUUCAAAGUUUUGAUCAAUAUUCACGUGCAUUGUAUAGACCUUCAGAGCUGAAAGGUUCUUCUAAAAAUAUUUGUGUUCUGCUGAAGAAAGAAAGUCAUGCGCAACUGAGAUGGCAUGAGGGUAGGUGAUGAAAGAAUUUACAUUUUUUUGGUUAACUAUUCCUUUAAAAUAAUUGGUGUCAGCCAGUUGUAAAUGACUUAUGCAUUGUUUUUGCACAAUUUCCAUUUUAAAAAUGUAUUUAAUAGGCUAAGCUUUGCUCUGUUAUUUGUGUUUACUGCAAAUUACGAACAUGUCUACAUCUUUGUGUAAAAUCGCUGUACCAGUGUCAUUGUACUAAUAACUUUUAAUCUCAUUUACCUUCAAAUAGAUCUGUUGUACAUGGACAGAAUCUGCAGAAUUGUUUAAAUCUUGACUUCUACUUGUUUAGUUCCUGAUUGUGACAUUCUUCCACCAGAGGGCAGAAUUUCGAUACAGUAACAUUAAAGAACCAGAACUCUAAAGACACACUUCCCCUGUACUGAAUCUUUGUGUAGAGUUUGAUAUCAAAGAUCUCUGAAAGAUACUGAAAAUGUAUAGGUCACAAAUAAGUGUAAUAUGAUAUGGGGAUUUUUAUUGAAAUUGUAAUUUUUAAUGAAGCAGUUCAACAUUGGGUGAGAUUCUUUGAUUGAAAUACAGCUGACAAGAUAACUAUCACUUUCAAAUUAUAUUCAAGGGCUUUGUAUUUUUACUACAGGGAAUUCCCUCUGUUAAUUUAUAAUGAUACUGCUAGCAACUUUGCAGAAAAGAGUUAUGAGGUAUAAGAUAAGGCAGUGAUUAAAACGUAAACACAGGGGAAUUUUACAUUUUCAUAACAUGUUUUAUAAUCUCAGUAUCCAGUUAGGUUUGCUAUGCUUGCUUUUUACUAAAGUUAUAUGUUUAGAUCUGUGAUCUCUGAAAAUCAAAUGUUUACAUGUAACGAAAUUGUAGAAUUGUAUAUAACUUUACACAGAAAAGGUUUGUUAGUGAUUUUAUCACACUAAAAUCAUAUAAACAUGCUUUUUGUUUAUGUCUUUACAUUUGGAAAAAAUGCUUUUUAUUAAUGUUUUUUUUUUUUUAAUUUUUUUUUUAAUGUAACAAGCUUAACUUGUAUUGACCCUGGAAUAUUCCUUUAAGAAAAUAUAUUGACUACAUUCAAGUAGGCACAUUUUAUAUCUUAAUUUUGAACUCAGCAUUGUGGCCUUUUGAAUAAUUUUCAGCCAGUCAUGUACCGGUAAUCUUAACAUGCAUUAGGGGACCAUCUGCAUAUAGAAUA